CCCGAUAUACCCUCCCGAUCAAGUUCAUACCUAAUCUCUCCCCCACGUCCUCCACGCCUAUAUAAAUCGCAAGUCAGAAAACUUGUUUGGCGAAUUCCUCUUCUAGCUGCAACACGCCACCGCAUAUCAUCCCAAGAGAGAAGAGACCAUCCACAGCCAGCCCAAGGAUCUCUUCUCCAAAUCGCUCCCAUGGAGGCUGCACGGAUCCCAGCUUUUCUGCUCCUCCUCCUUGGAGUCAUCUGGUCGCGUGCACAGCUCGGUGCCGAGGCAGCUGGCACCACGGUUUUCACGCUGCGCAACAACUGCACCCACGCGAUCUGGCCGGCCACAUUGUCCGGCAACAGCGCCGCCGCCAUCGGGGGCGGCGGCUUCGAGCUCGCCGCCGGCGCCACCGUAUCUUUCCCGGGCCCGACGGGCUGGUCCGGCCGCUUCUGGGCGCGCACGGGCUGCGUCGCCUCCGGCGCGUCGACCCUCGCCUGCGCCACGGGCGACUGCGGCGGCGCCGUCAGUUGCUCCCUCGGCGGGGCGCCGCCCGUGACGCUCGCCGAGUUCACCCUGGGAGGCGCCGACGGGAAGGACUUCUACGACGUGAGCCUGGUGGACGGGUACAACGUCGGCAUCGGCGUGGUGGCGACGGGCGCCAAGGUGAACUCGUCGACGUGCGGCUACGCCGGGUGCGUGGCCGACGUGAACGCGCUGUGCCCCGCGGAGCUGCAGGUGACGGGGAAGGAAGGCGACCUGGAGGGGAAGACGGUGGCGUGCCGGAGCGCGUGCGAGGCGUUCGGGACGCCGGAGUACUGCUGCACGGGCGCGCACGGCGGGCCGGACAGCUGCGGCCCGACCAAGUACUCCAAGCUCUUCAAGGCGGCGUGCCCCGCGGCGUACAGCUACGCCUACGACGAUGCCACCAGCACCUUCACCUGCGGCGCCGGAGCGCAAUACCUCAUUACAUUCUGCCCAGCGCAGUAGUAGUAGAAGGAUACCUUGCCGAUCCGGCUUGUCCGGCCAGUAUAGAUCUCAUUGAACUUUUGAUUAGAAGUUUAGAACAUUACUACUAUACUGUUAACUUUUUAUUAGAACAUUACUAGUACUAUACUGUUUUUGAACUUUUGAUUAGAACAUUGCCAGUUUUACAGAGAA